GCAGACAUGUUUGUACAAGUUAAAUAAAACUGCUUCACGUGUUUGCGGUAUCAACACGUUCAGAAGCAGAGUAACUUACUGCUAGGAAAGCUAGUUUCUCUCGACGAUGCUGUCCUUUGCUUCGUAUCUUCCCCUCAUAUAUUAUAUCCUAGGUUGUUGUUAAAAUAUAUAAUAGCGUGAAUUCUUUAAAAUACCAUCUAAUUGCCGUGCUGCCUUUGGCGUUAUUGUACCGCAGCAUUCUAUUGUGAGUGUUUGUUUAGGUAGAUGGGCAACUUUUCGCACCGCACCCUGAACAGUCAGCUGUAAAAGCUGCCGCAGCCUCCGUGGCUUCUUGGAUGGGAAUCCAUAAAUGGCCCCAAGUGACGCAUAGUUCCCGCGAAGCAAAUACUGCUGAAAAUGUUUUGGAUUAUUAGCUUUCAUCCAUGUUAAGAAUAACCUCGAUAAAAUGGUUGCCUCAUUUUCUUUUCUUUUUUUUAAUCCUAACUAUGUAGGACUAUUUAAAGUGUCUGUGGGGAUUUAUUUACCAAAUUUAUUAAAGAUAAAAUUGUUGAAUUUGUUCUACAGAAGCUUCCCUACACUAUUUGUUUACAGGUCUCAUGAAGAAGUAGGAUGAUCACAUACAAUGGUGUGAAAGUGUUUUUCCCCUUCUUGGUUUCCUAUUUUUUGGCUUGUUUGUCACACUUCAGUAUUUCAGAACAGCAAACCAAUUUAGAUAUUAGUCGAAUACAACACAGGUCAACACUAAGUUCAGUUUAUAAAUAAAGGUGUUUUAUUACUAAAAGAGGAAAAAAUCCAAACCUACAUGGCUCUGUUUGAACCCUGAUGACCCCCUAACCUAGUAACUACUUUGGGCAUUCUUACCAGUAAUAACUGCAUUCAGUUGUUCUUCAUAAUCUAUAAUGAGUCAUUGUCAGUACUGUAGAGGACUUUUUGCCCAACUCAUUUGUGCAGAAUUGUAAUUUAGCCACAUUGAAGCAUUUUUGUGCAUGAGUGAAUUUUUUAAGGUCAUGCUACGGCAUACCAAUAGAAUUUGGAUCAGAACUUUGACUAGGCCUGUGUGGUACACAGCAAAAUUCAUGAUUUCAUUUAACACAGCCAGUCUUCCUGGCCCUGAAUCAACACAACAGCCCCAGACAAUCACACUACCACCAACACAUUUUACUCUUAGUAUGAUAUUCUUUUUUCUGGAAUGAAGGUUUGGAUACUUUUUUCUCACUCAAUAUUAAACACUUUUACUUAAAAACUGAAUUUUGUGUUUACUUGUAUUAUCUUUGACUUUAUUACUGAAGUGUGACAAACAUGCCAAAAAAGGGAAAUCAGGAAGGGCAUCAACACUUUUUUCACACCAGAAUAUUAAAUUGAAGACAACAAAAUCAAAGCAAUAUUUCAUUGUUUAGAUGGCUGGAGAUUGUAAUUAGAUUUGGCGGAUUUAUCACACCGUUUUUGUCCUGAAGUGAUUUUUUUCUCCCAUCACCGGCAGCCAUGGGGAAUAUGUUUGCGGGGCUCUUUAAAAUGUUUGGGAAGAAGGAGAUGCGGAUACUAAUGGUUGGCUUGGAUGCUGCAGGAAAGACAACUAUUUUGUACAAGCUUAAACUUGGAGAGAUUGUGACAACCAUUCCAACAAUAGGUUUUAAUGUAGAGACAGUAGAGUAUAAGAACAUCAGUUUCACAGUAUGGGAUGUUGGCGGUCAAGACAAAAUCCGACCACUGUGGCGUCAUUAUUUUCAGAACACACAGGGUCUGAUUUUUGUCGUGGAUAGCAAUGACAGGGAGCGAUGUGCUGAGGCUCGGGAAGAGCUCUUGAGGAUGUUGGCUGAAGACGAACUGCGCGAUGCUGUGCUUUUAGUGUUUGCUAACAAACAAGACCUUCCUAAUGCCAUGAAUGCUGCAGAGUUGACAGACAAGUUGAACCUUCACUCCCUGCGUAACAGAAACUGGUACAUCCAGGCAACCUGUGCCACUACUGGAGACGGUCUCUAUGAAGGACUUGAUUGGCUGUCUAAUCAGCUCAAAAACCAUUAAUGGCUAGAGCAUUUUAAAAAAAAUACUCUGUUCCGCCCAACCCCUCAUGUUUUCUCCUUUCUAAGUAAAACUGAAUCAACCCCAUACUGGAAACCAUCCCUCUGCUCAGCUUUGAUCUCCUAUACACAGGCCAGUGGUGGGGUUUUUCUAAUCUUGUAAAGCUUUUGUUAGUACACUUUAUUUUAUCUAAAUGUAAAUAAUUUUUGGUAAUAGGGAUUUUAUUGCACUGACUUUUCUUGGCUGUUGGGUGGCUUUAACUUUGACAAAGAAAUUAAGAGAAGAAAUUUACCAGAAUAUUUUGGCCCCAGAAACUCAACACAAUCAAAUGGCCUCAGUUAGAUAACGUAAGGACUGAUCAGUGGGGAGGGAGAGUGUGAUGAAAUAAACCGAAUUAUACUGAUGCACUACUUGAAACUGCUGCAGUAACAUGUAACAAAUCUUGAAUUUAAACAGAACACUGGCAUUAACCGUUUGUACUGACAUUGCUCUCAUCUGUGAACACUCACCAGCUUUUUGUAAAACCAUUGAUGGAAGUGAACAUACUGCAGUGAUCGCACACUAUAUGUAUAAUGGUGUCGGAUCAGCACUGGAUCGGUUUUGAUUUUUCUAUUUAGGACACUCAGGUUGAUCAUAUGUAGCUUUUUCAGAGCAAGCACGUUUACUGGGUGUUUAUAUCUUUACCCAGAGGAGAAAUUCCUUGCCUACUGAGUACAUAUCCCAUUAACUCUAUAAUCAUUUAUCUGUGAGUGUACUGUGUGAAGCAUAUUGAGCUGUUUGGUGCCAUAGCUUAAGGUUUUAGGCAGUUGAUCGCAUGCUUGAUUCUUCUCAGUUUGGGGAAAUAGCAUUUUGAAAGCAAUACCAAAAUCAGCUGCAUCAAAGUGCCACCGUCUUUGAUGUAAACAAAAAGCCAAACAAAUGCCUUUAUUUUUCCAAGAUUUGUCUUACAAAAUGUUGUUUUCUUCUUUUGUUGGUGCAUUAUGUUCUUUUUGAUUUCUAAUUGCCUAAGUGUUCUGAUAUUGCAAUAAGUCUGUCGAUGUUGAUGUUUGUCAAGAUUUGUGGAGGGUUGGGGUCACAUUGCAAUAAAAGUGACCGGCUACAAAAUGA